UUCAGAAAUAAAUUACGUAGCUAUAUACUAUUAUCAUAGAGGAAAUUCCUCUCUACUAUUAUCUGCUAUUACUAUUACUUCACAUUCACAUUUCGUAUUACCAGUAUACGUGUAUGUUAAACAGUCAAUUGAAUUAGAUUCAUGAUAUCGCGCAGUUUUCAAACUUCCUUCAGGAUCGUGCCGCGAUUUCUGUGUAACAACGUAAUCAACAUGCCUCCAAAACAAACUCGAACUCCAAAGGAAAAUUCUAUGGGAAUUAAAAGUGAAAAAAAGAAUAAAGUAAAAUCGGAAGCAACAAAGAAAAGGUCUAAACGUAAUACAGAUGAUAACGAAGAACCUACUGCAAAGCGUUUCAAAACAGACAAAAAAUCAGUUUUGAAUAGAAUAGAUACAAAUUUAAAUGAAAUUGAUUUUGGUUGUUCAAAGUUAAAUGCAAAAGGAAACAAAUAUAAUUUAAAAAUUUCCAGUUGGAAUGUUUCUGGCAUAAGAGCAGUCAUUAAAAAAAAUGGAAUGGAAUAUAUGUUGAAAGAAGAUGCAGACAUAAUUGCAUUACAAGAGACCAAAUGUGAUAAAAAUAAGUUACCUGAAGAAGUUAAAUUAAAUGGAUAUCAUUAUUAUUUUCUUGAGAGUAAAAAACCUGGAUAUUGUGGUGUUGCAUUAUAUACAAAAGAAAAACCAAUUGAUAUAAAAUAUGGUUUAGAUAAUGUUGAAUUUGAUAGCGAAGGGAGAUUAAUUACUGCAGAAUAUUCAAAUUUCUACUUAGUUAAUGUUUAUGUUCCUAAUGCUGGUCAAAAAUUAAUAACAUUGCCAAAAAGAUUAAAAUGGAACGAAGCUUUUAAAGCUUAUGUAAAGAAUCUGGAUGAAAAGAAACCUGUUAUUAUUUGUGGUGAUAUGAAUGUUGCUCAUCAAAAAAUAGAUCUCAAAAAUCCAGACACGAAUAAAAAAAAUGCUGGAUUUACACAAGAGGAACGAAGUGGUAUGACAGAUUUCUUAGAUGCAGGAUUUGUGGAUACUUUUAGAGCUUUAUAUCCUGAUAAGGAAGGUGCAUACACAUUUUGGUCAUAUUUUGCUAAUGCACGUAGUAAAAAUAUAGGAUGGAGACUAGAUUAUUUUUUGGUGUCAGAACAAAUUAAGGAUAAUGUUUGUGACAAUGUUAUAAGGGAUGAAGUGUAUGGCAGUGAUCAUUGUCCUAUUGUACUUUACAUUAACAUAUAAUUAAAUAUGUAUAACUGAAUGCAUAUUUUAUAAUUAUACUAUGUGUUCAAGUAAUUUACUUUGUUGUAUUUAACCUAUUUAUUUCGUGUUCUAAAAAUAAAAUUUUAUUUGAAAAAUA